UACUUACCCAUGUAUCAGAUCGUGUAAGUAUUGAUCAGUUUAAUUUAAAAAAUAUUUAUUAUUUGUUUCGAAUAUGUACGUAAUACGUCACGUAUGUAGUUGAAUUAUACUGAAACUAAACUCAACUAUAGCUAAAUAAUAACAAGAUUAUUUCAAAUUAAUUAUCUGUGCAUAAAAGAAAUACACAAAGUGUUGGCAAAUAUUAAUUUUUUGAGAUUGGUUCAUACAAAAGACAUUGUUAAUCAUAACAAAUCCCAAAUCGUCUUGAACUGAAAUAUAUUAGAUCAGUCAUUGCAAAUCCGAGAACACAUCUACAUAGAAAUUCAGUACAUUCAUGAGAGAUGUCGAAAAAUCCGCUAGCAAAUCUAGCUUCACUGACGUUAACUUUGCUCGUGUUCACCCAAUCGACCACCAUCAAUUGUUCCAUUAUCGCUCCUCACAAAGACACAAUUUUCUCUGCCAAUAAUGUCAACAAACAAAUCUCUCCCCCAUACGAAGAACUACAUAAAUCAUCGGCCUCAUCUGAAAACGCCUUCAAAUUGACCUCUUCGCGUUUCAAACGCUCUACUUCUCCAGAACCGGACCAACAAUUGGACGAAUGCGUCAAAGAAAUACAAAGUGAUCACUUGGAAGCAGCCAAAGAGAAAUUGAGCCGAAUCAACGACACAACGAAAAUCGACCUCAUAGUACAAAAAGCGUACAAUCAACAUCACGAAAAUUUCGACAAAAUUUUAAAAUUCGGGGACAUGAUCGAUGAUGUACAUCGUCGUUUGUUGAUUUACAAAGCUUUAUUUAACGAGUUGAAUACGUCGGGACAUUUGGAAACUUUAUCGCUAAUUUUGUUAACGGAACAUUUGAGGUUCAAAGUGAUGACUCAAGAUGAUGGUAAACCAGAAAUAAAACGAGAAUCUGGUUUGCUAUUCGAUGCGAUUGAAAAUGCCAUAAUGAAGCUAUCGAUACAAAAAAUUACAAACUUGUUUUUAAAUAAAACCAUACCAGCUUCUACAGGAGUAGAUUUGAGUUUACCAAUGUCCAGUUUCGAGUAUACUUAUAAAGUGAUACGAGGAGUAAUCGAUAAUAUUUUGGAAAAACUAGGCACCAAGAAAAUCCUAUCAAUGGUGCACAAGACUAACAGCGUUAAAUACAUCGAAUACGUGAUCGCGUUCCAGAAAGCAAUUUUUAAUAAAAUACAAUCUAACGAUAGCAUGAAAAACGAUUUAGUCGAAUUAGCUAUCCGUAUGAACGAAUUAAUGAAAUCCGAAGCCUACAACAACACACCGUCGUCUAUCAAAGCACACAUUGAAGAAGUCAAGCAAAACCUACCAAAAUCGGUGAGAAAUAUAGCCUUCUCGUCCCAAGUAUGCAUAAAGAAUACUCAAUAUAACGAAUUUUUGUACGCUGCUGAUCCAACCGAUGAUUUUUACGAUCGAGAAAGACGUUACGUAUUCACCUUACUCGGUGGUACCAAAACUGAUCCUAUGGAACCGAGUAAAUUUUUAUGGAAACUUGAGCGACGAAAAGACGAUGCAUUCGAGAUGAUCAACGAUCAGUACAAUGAGCAUUUGUUCGCUGGUGACCCUAAAUGGGACGACGAUAGACGUUGUGCAUUGACUUGGACUCCAGGUGGAGAUUGCGUCAAUUAUAGUGGUUGGAUAUUCGAACCAGAAGGACAAGAAGUUUAUAUAAAGAAUUAUUUUGAGAAUGAAUAUUUGUUCGCAGAUCAUGAUAAAUUACACGAUAAUAAACGCAAAGUGUUUACUUAUGUUCCGAAGAGGAAAACGCCAGAUAGUACAUGGGAAAUUAUAGAUUGUUCUAAAUAAAUUAUUUUCGUUAAA